AUCAGUUAGUAUACGAUCGUACUGUGAACUGGAAUGUUGUUGGAUUGUGUUCAGUGAAUAUUUUGUAAUUGAAUUGAAAUUACGUUAAUUUGUUUUUUAUUUCGACAAUUACACAAAUUUAUAUAAAAGAAUUAAUUAUUAAUUAAUCGCUUUUAAUUUUAUUGUUUAUGCACGUGCCAUCGUUUUCAGAACAUUUAACUCAAAAAGUAUUUGAACUAAAUUAAAUAACAAAAAAAAAAACAACAAUAAAUAUUCUAUUCGUAUUGUGUGUGUAUAGAAAGAAACGUUACAAAAAAAUUCUGUUGACAUUAUGAGUGACCGUGAAUUAAGUUGUAGCAAUACUGCGGGACAGUUUAUGGAUCGUGGCCGUAUGAAUCAGAAUGGUGUGGUACAACCACUAUUAACAGAUUUAUAUCAAAUAACCAUGGCAUAUGCCUAUUGGAAAUCUGGUAAAACAGACGACCAUGCAGUAUUUGAUUUAUUCUUUCGCACAAAUCCAUUCCAUGGUGAAUUUACCAUAUUUGCUGGCCUCGAUGAAUGUAUGAAAUUUUUGGAUAGUUUUCAUUACAGUGAAAGUGAUAUCGAAUAUUUACGUCAAACAUUGCCCGAAGGUACAGAAUCUGAUUUCUUUGAUUAUUUGGGCAAUUUGACGGCAAAAGAGGUUACACUGUAUGCCAUUGAUGAGGGCACUGUAGCAUUUCCCCGGGUGCCUAUUAUUAAAGUUGAGGGACCCUUAAUAAUAGUACAAUUGUUAGAGACCACACUAUUGACAUUAGUGAAUUAUGCAAGUUUAAUGGCCACAAAUGCUGCUCGCUAUCGCAUGGUUGCUGGCAAACAUGUAAAACUUUUAGAAUUCGGUUUACGGCGAGCUCAGGGUCCUGAUGGUGGUCUAUCCGCAUCGAAAUAUUCUUAUGUUGGCGGUUUCGAUGGUACUUCAAAUGUGUUAGCCGGCAAACUGUUUAAUAUUCCUGUCAAAGGAACGCAUGCUCAUGCCUACAUAACUUCAUUUUCGGGAAUAGGUGAAUUAAAAACACGACUUUUAAAACAUAAAACUACAGGUGUUACCGGCGAUUUACUGGAAUAUUCUGUUAAACAUCGUCAAUCUCUGGCAUCGGUGUUGGACGUUUCGAUGGAAGAGUCUUCAGAGGGCGAAUUGGCAGCCAUGGUCUCAUACGCCAUAGCAUUUCCCGAUGGUUUCAUGGCUUUAGUCGAUACGUAUGAUGUUAAGAGCCCUAAAAGCAAAACUAAAGAUAUAAACACUAUAAAGCCAGGUAUUAAUGCUAAAACCACAACGAAUGACAUGAAAACAAAAAUUUCAUUAAAUAAUAAACAGCAGCAUGAAAAUGGUUUUACAAAAUCCUCUCAAAUGAAUGGAAAAACAUCAACACAACAGCAUUCAGCCGUACAGGCAAAUGGAAACAAGUGUUUAGAACAAAAACAUGUAAAUGGUCAUACUGUUUCGAAUGCUUUAACAAAUGGCUCGCAUAAGAACAACGGCAAUGCCAACACUACAACCAAAAAUACAACUACUACCACCAUGAAUAAUAAACAUUCAGUGGAUGUAAAUUCAUUAUCAUCAUCAUCGUCUUCAUUAUUAACGCCCCAAGCUUAUCUGCCAAAAUACGUCGAGAAGUCAUUCAGGAGUGGUUUACUUAAUUUCUGUGCCGUCGCUUUGGGACUCAAUGAUUUGGGUUAUCGUGCCGUUGGCAUACGUAUCGAUUCUGGCGAUUUGGCGUAUUUAUCAUGCUUGUCUCGUGAAACGUUUGAACGUGUUGCGGAACGUUUUAAAAUAUCCUGGUUUAAUAAGCUCACCAUUGUGGCGUCUAAUGACAUAAAUGAAGAUACAAUAUUGAGUUUGAAUGAACAGGGUCAUAAGAUUGAUUGUUUUGGCAUUGGUACACAUUUGGUCACCUGCCAAAGACAACCCGCUUUAGGUUGCGUUUACAAACUGGUCGAAAUCAAUGGCCAGCCCCGUAUCAAACUAAGUCAAGAUGUGGAGAAGGUUACCAUGCCUGGCCAUAAAAAUGCCUACAGAUUGUACAGUGCCGAUGGUCAUGCUUUAAUCGAUCUAUUGCAAAAAGUCACCGAAGCCCCACCAGCUGUGGGACAAAAAGUACUUUGUCGUCAUCCUUUCCAAGAGUCGAAACGUGCUUAUGUCAUUCCAAGCCAUGUUGAAUCGUUGUACAAAAUCUAUUGGCAAAACGGUAAAAUCUGCCAACCAUUGCCGACAUUGGAACAAGUGCGAGAACGUGUACAAAUGUCAUUGAAAACAUUGAGAAAUGAUCAUAAACGUACUUUGAAUCCAACCCCGUACAAGGUAAAUGUCUCGGUCAGCGAUAACUUGUAUAAUUUCAUACAUGAUCUGUGGCUGCAAAAUGCUCCCAUUGGUGAACUCUCAUGAUCUAUAUAAAAAGCCCUACAAAUUACGAAUUUUAAUUUCUUAAUGAAAUGUAAGGAAUAUUUUCAACAACUACUUUUAAAAUUUCAUUGAAAUUAAGGAGUAGCAACUUGCUGGACAUGUAAAGGAUUUUUCUUGUAAUAUUUUUUUUUUUUAUUAAUUUUAUUAUUUUCUUUGGCAAUAUUUACCUAAAACAAUAUCUUAACAAAAGUUAUUUAAAAAAAAUUAUUAUUAUAACUAUUAUUAUUGUUACAAGUUAUUAUUUUUCUGUAUUUUUUUUGUCAACUUUAUAAAAAACCAAUUAUUGUUAAAGUUCUCUUUUUAACUAACUAUAGUUUGUUAAAGACAACAAAAUAACGUAACAAUUAUAACGUAUUUUUUAGUUUUAAGUUAAAACUUAAUAUAUUAAUAUAGAAAAACAAAAGCACAAUUAAACAAAUUACUUAAAUAAAACAAAACAAAAAGACACCAAAUAAAAUGAAAAAAACUUAUUUUACAAUAUAAUAUAAAAAAUAAACAAUAAAAUAAACUUUGUAAAAUAUAUAAAGCACAAAUUUGAAACGAAAAUUAAAGACAACAAACAUAUAACAAAUGAAAUACAAAAACCAAAUUUAAAACGAAUUAAUACAUAUUUAUAUGAAUGAAAAAAAGGCUUAAACUAUUAAGGAUACCACACUAUUUAAUGUGCCUUAAAUACAAAAUCUUACUUAAACAAACACAUCAGCAUACACAACAUCUAACAAAUAUUGUAACUUCUAAUUCAAUGUACAUCCUAAUUAUAAUUAAAAAUACUUAACUGUAAUCGUUUUUAAAGGCUUCAAUAUUUUAGUUAUUUAUAUACGCCAUAAUUUCCUUCUUUUUCUUUGUUUAGGUUGUUUAUUUCUUUUUUUUAAUUUAGUUGUAGUUUCUUUGUUAAUUUUUUUUUGUUUUAAAUCUUUUUUUUUAUUUUAUUUUUUACUUCUUAGUAGACGUGUAUAUUGCACAAGAACAAUAAUAUUAAAAAUAAAAAAAAAAAACAAAUUAUAUAAUUAAACAUACAACAGAAACAGUCAAAAAUAAAUAUACAAAAAUGCUUAUUGUAAAAAGACCUGAAA